UACAUCGUGCCCUCAUAUAUACCAUAUCUCCCAGGAAGCAACCAACCACAAUGGCCAAGACAAACACAAGAUCAGUUAGAAAAGAAAGAAGAGGCUCACUUGUUACACCCAACAUAGAUAUAGACAUUGUGAAUCCUAAUGACGAUCAUAGUAAAUUCAGCGUGAUUCGAAAACAGCAUGCCGAUUUGAAUAAAGCGUCUAUUCAAUCGUGGCAGGAACUAAAGAAAGGUUGUUCAAGUCUGGAGGAUAUUCUUACAACAGUGAGACGAUUACCGUUGGACAAUGUACGCCCACUACUUCAGGAACUGUUAGCACAAUUUGAUGUACAGCAAGCACGCAAUACAGAGUUGACGGAAUGGAUCAAAGCAGUUCUUUUAACACAUACAGCCUAUUUCAUGAGCUUACCGGAUGUCGUGCAGCGAUUAUCGACACUUUAUAAAGAGUUGGACGAUCGUUUAACGGUAUAUCCUAAGCUAUUAGCUAUGCAUGGACGAUUAGAUUUAAUUCAGAGACAAAUAGACGCACAUAAUACAAAAGAUAAAGUGGAGUCAGAAGAAGAAAGAGAUGAGUCAGAUGCUGGCGUACAAGCAUAUACUGAUAGCGAAAAUGAUUUUGAUGAUGAAGAGGAUGACGAUGACGAAGAAGAAGACGAUGAUGUUGAAGAAGAAGCUGUCCAGGAUGACGAUGACGAUUUGAUGGAAAUGGAUGAUGAGAAUAAUAUGUUUAAAGAAGAAGAAGGUCUUGCAUCGGACGAUGAUGAUGAAGUUGUCAGUGAUACAAGUGAUUUGGAGGCGUAAAUUAAAUUGAAUCUGUACAGUUGAACAUAUUAGAUGUAAAUAAAAACGAAAGGCUCUGAAGGCACUAUUAUAACCGUUAUCAUUCGUAUGAACGACUAUGGUCUUUACAAGUUUUGAAAAAUUUGCAACUGCUC